UUCAUCGUUUCGCCGUCUUUCUACCAGGCUUAUCACAUUGGGUGACUGCUCUAGGCUGCCUCGGGUCGCACCACGAUCGAGCAUCUCGGCGGCUGCGCUCACAUCCUCAGUCGGCAUUAGAGGAGGGACACGGCGGCUGCGAAGAACCGACUGCGCCGCGAUAAUUACGACCAGAUUUAUACGAAUGUAGUCAAUAGCAGCGGGAUCUGGGUUGUUUGUUUAAAAUUAACACGGGGCAGACAACGUGGCUGGAAAGUGAGUCUGCAAAGACGUCAGACUAUCUAGUGAACUGCCUACAUAGACAGCUUUAUGGACAUCACACCGCGUUCGUGCGCGCUCCGGGCAGCAUUCAUUCACUGUCGCUGUCCACACACACAUGUACAGUAUGUGUGAACGUCCGGAGAAGUUGAAGAUGCCACUGUGAGUCGUCUGGGCGCUUGUAUCGACGAUAACAAGCCAUUUUCUAUGGAUCCACUGAUCGUCAUCUUCUCAAACCACAAGGCUCGUUCCUACAAGCACAUCUGAGUCCUGCAAGCAGAUCACACCGGCAGUGUUUCCAACAUGAGACUGGUGUUGAAGUACCUGGACAAGAUGAGGUGUUUCCGGAAACGUUCCACCAUUCCUUUUCUGGUGGCUCUCAUUACCUUCCUGCUCUUCAUAAACCUCUACAUCGAGGAUGGCUAUGUGCUGGAGGAAGACAAACGUCAGUUACGAGAAACCUCAAUGCAUCCACUGAACUCAGAGCGAUAUGUUCAUACCUUUAAAGAUAUCACCAAUUUUUCUGGAAUGAUCAAUGUGACUUAUCGUUACCUCGCUGGAACACCUUUACCUCGAAAAAAGUAUCUUACAAUUGGAUUGUCAUCUGUGAAAAGAAAACGUGGAAACUACCUGCUGGAAACCAUCAAGUCCAUUUUUGACCAAUCAAGCUAUGAGGAGCUCAAAGAGAUCGUUGUGGUUGUCCACUUGGCAGACUUUGACCUGGCAUGGUGUGAGAGCCUAGUUCAGGAAAUCUCAAGGAAGUUCGGCCACCAUAUCAUUGCAGGACGGCUGCUAGUUAUCCAUGCACCUGAGGAGUACUACCCAUCACUGGAUGGGCUGAAGAGAAAUUACAAUGAUCCAGAGGAUAGAGUACGCUUCCGUUCCAAACAGAAUGUAGAUUAUGCAUUCCUGCUCAACUUCUGCACCAACCUGUCAGACUUCUACAUGAUGUUGGAGGAUGAUGUGCGCUGUUCUCGAAACUUCCUCACCGCCCUGAAGAAAGUGGUGGCAUCUAGGGAGGGAUCAUAUUGGGUGAUGCUUGAAUUCUCUAAGCUGGGCUACAUAGGGAAGAUGUACCACUCACGAGACCUUCCUAGACUUGCCCAUUUCCUGCUCAUGUUCUAUCAGGAGAUGCCUUGCGAUUGGCUUCUUAUCCAUUUCCGAGGCCUACUGGCCCAGAAGGAUGCGAUUCGCUUCAAGCCUUCCCUUUUCCAACACAUGGGCUACUAUUCCUCCUAUAAGGGGGCAGAAAAUAAACUUAAGGAUGAUGACUUUGAGGAAGACUCCCUUGAUAUCCCAGACAACCCACCUGCCAGUUUGUAUACAAACAUAAAUGUAUUUGAGAGCUAUGAUGCUGCCAAAGCUUACAGUAGCGUGGAUGAGUACUUUUGGGGCAAGGCUCCAUCCACCGGGGACUUUUAUGUAAUAGUGUUCAACAAGGCAACAAAAAUCAGCAAAAUCAAGAUUAUCACGGGAACGGAUGAUCGGCAGAAUGAUAUUUUGCAUCACGGAGCUCUGGAAGUGGGGGAGAAAUUAGUAGGAACCAAAAAGGGAAGGCAGUGCUCCACCUAUAUAACUUUAGGGGAGUUUAAAAAUGGAAACAUUGAGGUUCAUGAUGUGGACCACAAGAUAGCGUUUGAUAUUGAGUGUGUUCGCAUUGUAGUAACGGCAAGUCAGAAAGAGUGGCUUAUCAUUAGAAGCAUAAGCCUCUGGACUACACAAGGUGCCAAUCAAUGAGAACUUUUUUUCAACCCUAGCUAAAGGCACAAGUAUCUGUUUAUUUAUUUAUCUAUUUAUUUAUUUAUUUCUGCAAUUUCUAAAUUAUUUAUUCACCUGAGAAAUCUUUAUUUAUUCAAAUUUAUUCAUUUAUUCAGACUCAUUUAAAUGCAGUACAAGAUUUUACGCAUCUGAGGCAUUUCAGCUAAUUCUGACAUCAACUAUUCAGACAAUAAAUACUUUUUUUAGAUAUCAAGACAUUUAAGGUACAUAUUUGUAUAUGUACCCGCUUUUUCCAUUAUUACUACAUAAUGUGUACUCCUCAGCAAA